AUGUCGAACAGAACAAACAAAAAAAGUUAUUCUGAGACCCCUGAUGGUGCUUUUGGUGAAUCAAGUGUCACAGUUAAGAGGCAACAAUCCUGUCUACCUGCAACCAAUGUCAGUUUCCUCUCCAGUUCACGUGCCUGCCCUCUACCAGAACACUUUGUGGAUAGACACAGAGAAGCCCUGAUACAGAGGACAUCAAACAUCAGUCCAGUCCUCGAUAAUCUGCUGAGCCAGAGACUGCUGGAUCAGGAGCAGUAUGACACCUUGCGUGGUUUAAGACCUCGCCAGGAGGCGAUGAGGCAGCUCUAUGUGUAUAUGACAAUCUGGGGUCACAGCGACAAGGAGAAGUUUUAUCAAGCCUUACAGAUGCACAAUGGGCCUCUCAUCAGAGAUAUGGAGAAUAAAGACCCUGCCGGGAUAUUGAGAAAUAACGUCACCUUCAUCACCCUUCUGGGAUUUCCAGAUCUUCCCAACUUCACAUUUCUCUUCUUCUGCCUAUUGAUUAUCAUAUAUCAUGGAAUUAUUUCAGGAAACCUGCUUAUAAUAAUCUUGUAUUUGGUGAGUAAAACCCUUCAGUCUCCCAUGUACUUCUUCAUUACACAGCUAUCAUUGUGUGACCUUCUGCUCACUACCAAUAUUGUGCCCACCCUUCUUCAUACUGUACUGUAUGGACAAUUCACAGUGUCUUUCAUUGGCUGCUUCAUCCAGUUUUAUUUCUUUGUCAUAUCGGACACCUCGGAAUGUCUUUUUUUGUCCUUGAUGUCUUAUGAUCGUUAUCUGGCCAUCUGUAACCCCCUUCAUUAUCAAUCUGUCAUGAACCAUAAGUUUUGUGUCACAACAGUAAAUGUGAUUUGGGGAACAUGUGCCAUGUUAACAAUGGUUGAAGUAAUCUCCAUUAAUAACCUGAAUUUCUGUAGACCAAGUGUCAUUGACCAUUUCUACUGUGACUUUGAGCCCCUAAUGCAGCUUUCCUGCUCAGAUACUUCCAUGCUUCAUAAAUGGAUCCUUAUUAAGGGAUUUUUAGUUGCAAUUGGACCUUUUAUUAUAAUUGUGGUGUCCUAUGUUUACAUUGCCAUCACCAUUCUGAAAAUCCCAUCCAAUACCGGAAGACAAAAGGCCUUCUCCACCUGUAGUUCCCACCUCACAGUGGUUUCCUUAUUUUAUGGGGCAAUAAUCAUCGUCUAUAUGUUUCCAACCAGAGGACAAUCACUGAUCUUGAGUAAGGUCUUGUCUCUGAUUUAUACUGUGGUGACCCCACUGCUUAAUCCUAUUAUAUACACCCUGAGGAACAAUGACUUUAAAAAAGCUUUUCGGAAACUUAAGUGUAUUGUUUAA